GUUGCCGGCUGACGCGCGCCGCAGUCGGAGCCUCAAGCUGCGCGGGUGCAGGGAACUGUGCGGGACUGCCAGAGGCUUCAGCUUCGUCGGGGACGGACGACACCGGCGCUCGGGGUCGCGGACAGCCGCGCGUGGGCUGUGCGGUGGGCGCGGCGUAAGAACGAAUCUUUGUGAUAUUCCACCUCUGUUUGCUGAAGACUUUGACCAAAGCUAUUUUCACCAGCUGGCAUCCUGAGAAAAGGACGGCUUCCAGAAUCAGGGAAACUUGUGGGAGACUCCUGGCCCAGUAGAUCUUCUGCAGAGCAAGCCGGGAAGAUUUGUGGCUUAAAGAAUCAAAAGCAAGGACAACUUCUGCAGAUAAGAAGGUCUUCUUCAAAGUUUUCUGCAUGAGAAUUAUUUAAGCGCUGCAUGCAAAUCUUUUGUGAAAGAAGAAAAGGAAACUCAGUCUGUGGGGCUCCGCGGGAGCUCAGCUAAUGCAGCUUAAAAUAAUGCCGAAAAAGAAGUGCUUAUCUGCAGGCAGAGCGCUCCUGAUUCUCCUCCUGUUUCCGAUGCUGAGUGCACUGGAAGUCCCUCUUGAUCUGGUACAACCUCCAACUAUUACUCAACAGUCUCCAAAAGAUUACAUUAUUGACCCGAGGGAGAACAUUGUAAUCCAGUGUGAGGCCAAAGGAAAACCCCCUCCAAGCUUCUCCUGGACCCGAAAUGGGACUCAUUUUGACAUAGAUAAAGACCCUCUUGUCACCAUGAAGACUGGCUCUGGGACCCUCACAAUCAAUAUCAUGAGCGACGGGAAAGCAGAGACCUAUGAAGGAGUGUAUCAGUGCACAGCCAGGAACGAACGUGGGGCUGCAAUUUCCAAUAACAUCGUCAUCCGUUCAUCUAGGUCACCAUUAUGGACCAAAGAAAAACUCGAACCAAUGGCUCUUCGAAGUGGCCAGUCUUUGGUACUUCCCUGCAGACCUCCCAUGGGGUUACCACCGCCUAUCAUCUUCUGGAUGGAUAAUUCCUUUCAAAGACUUCCACAGAGUGAGAGAGUGUCCCAGGGUCUGAAUGGAGAUCUUUAUUUUUCCAACGUUCUCCCAGAGGAUGCCCGCGAAGACUACAUCUGUUACGCCAGAUUCAAUCACACUCAGACCAUACAGCAGAAGCAGCCUAUUUCUGUGAAAGUGACUUCGGUGGGUGAAUUGAAUGACACUAUAGCUGCUAAUUUGAGUGACACUGAGUUUUAUGGUGCUAAACCACAUAGAGAGAGGCCGCCAACAUUUUUAACUCCAGAAGGCAACACAAGUCGUAAAGAGGAGUUAAGAGGCAAUGUCCUUUCACUCGAGUGCAUUGCAGAAGGGCUGCCAACCCCAAUCAUUUACUGGAUCAAAGAAGAUGGAACACUCCCCAUCAACCGAACAUUUUAUAGGAACUUUAAGAAAACUCUGCAGAUCAUUCAGGUUACAGAAGCAGACUCUGGAAAUUACCAGUGUAUAGCCAAAAAUACGCUAGGAGCCAUCCAUCAUACCAUUUCUGUCACCGUUAAAGCGGCUCCAUACUGGAUCAUAGCACCUCAGAAUCUUGUGCUGUCCCCUGGAGAGGACGGGACCCUGAUCUGCAGAGCUAAUGGCAACCCCAAGCCCAGAAUUAGCUGGUUAUCAAACGGCGUCCCGAUAGAAAUUGCCCCGGAUGACCCCAGCAGAAAAAUAGACGGUGACACCAUUAUUUUUUCAAACGUUCAGGAGAGGUCAAGUUCCGUGUAUCAGUGCAAUGCCUCUAACGAAUAUGGAUAUUUACUGGCAAACGCAUUUGUAAACGUGCUGGCCGAGCCUCCACGAAUCCUUACAUCUGCAAACACACUGUAUCAGGUCAUCGCAGACAGGCCUGCCUUCCUAGACUGUGCCUUCUUUGGGUCUCCUCUACCGAGCAUUGAGUGGUUUAAAGGCGCUAAAGGGAGUGCACUUCGUGAAGAUAUUUAUAUUUUACAUGAAAAUGGAACUUUGGAAAUUCCUGUGGCCCAGAAGGACAGUACGGGAACUUACACAUGUGUUGCCAGGAAUAAGUUAGGAAUGGCGAAGAAUGAGGUUCACUUAGAAAUCAAAGAUCCAACAAGGAUCAUUAAACAGCCCGAAUAUGCAGUUGUGCAAAGAGGGAGCACGGUGUCCUUUGAAUGCAAAGUGAAACAUGACCAUACCUUAAUCCUCACUGUCACGUGGCUGAAGGACCACAGUGAGCUGCCCAGUGAUGGAAGGUUCACAGUUGACAAGGACCAUUUGGUGGUAGCUGAUGUCAAUGACGAUGAUGGCGGGACCUACACGUGUGUGGCCAACACAACCCUGGACAACGUUUCUGCCAGCGCUGUGCUUAGUGUCGUCGAUGUCCCAAAUCCUCCCUUUGAUUUAGAAUUGACAGAUCAACUCGACAGGAGUGUUCAGCUGUCAUGGACCCCAGGCGAUGACAACAAUAGCCCUAUUACAAAAUUCAUCAUCGAAUAUGAAGAUGUGAUGCACGAGGCAGGGCUGUGGCACCACCAGACGGAAGUUCCUGGAACCCAGACUACAGCCCAGCUGAAGCUGUCGCCCUAUGUGAACUAUGCCUUCCGAGUGAUGGCCGUGAACAGCCUGGGGAGGAGCUUGCCCAGCGAGGCCUCCGAGCAGUAUUUGACGAAAGCCGCAGAACCAGAUAAAAAUCCCACGGCUGUAGAAGGGCUGGGAUCGGAGCCGGAUAAUUUGGUGAUUACAUGGAAGCCCUUGAGUGGUUUUGAAUCUAACGGGCCAGGCCUUCAGUAUAAAGUCAGCUGGCGCCAGAAAGAUGGUGAUGAUGAAUGGACGUCUGUGGUGGUAGCAAAUGUUUCCAAAUACAUUGUCUCGGGCACGCCAACCUUUGUUCCAUACCUGGUCAAGGUUCAGGCCCUGAACGACGUGGGCUUUGCUCCAGAGCCAGCCGUAGUCAUGGGACAUUCUGGAGAAGACCUCCCAAUGGUGGCUCCAGGGAACGUGCGUGUCAGUGUGGUGAACAGCACCUUGGCCGAGGUACACUGGGACCCAGUGCCUCUGAAGAGUAUCCGAGGACACCUGCAAGGCUAUCGGAUUUACUACUGGAAGGCACAGAGUUCCUCGAAUAGAAACAGACGUCAUAUUGAGAAAAAGAUCCUCACUUUCCAGGGCAGCAAGACUCACGGCAUGUUGCCCGGGCUGGAGCCCUUUAGCCACUACACCCUGAACGUCCGAGUGGUCAAUGGGAAAGGGGAGGGCCCGGCCAGCCCCGACAGGGCCUUCCACACCCCGGAAGGAGUUCCCAGUGCUCCGUCCUCUUUGAAGAUUGUUAACCCAACACUAGACUCGCUCACUUUGGAAUGGGACCCGCCCAGCCACCCAAAUGGCAUUUUGACGGAGUACACCUUAAAAUAUCAGCCAAUUAACAGCACACAUGAAUUAGGUCCUCUGAUAGAUUUAAAAAUUCCUGCCAACAAGACCCGCUGGACGUUAAAAAAUUUAAAUUUCAGCACUCGGUAUAAGUUUUAUUUCUAUGCACAAACAGCAGCAGGAUCAGGAAGUCAGAUAACAGAGGAAGCAGUAACAACUGUGGAUGAAGGUAAGAUGGUCAAUCCCAGGAUCAGCAAACUUACUACUGCAGCUGCUGAGACCUCAGCCAACAUCAGUUGGGAAUAUGAGGGACCAGAGCAUGGGACCUUUUAUGUUGAAUAUGGUGUAGCUGGCAGCAAAGAAGAAUGGAGGAAAGAAAUUGUAAAUGGUUCUCGGAGCUUCUUUGGGUUAAAGGGGCUAAUGCCAGGAACAGCAUACAAAGUUCGAGUUGGUGCUGAGGGGGACUCUGGUUUUGUGGGUUCAGAGGAUGUGUUUGAGACAGGCCCAGCAAUGGCAAGCCGGCAGGUGGAUAUAGCAACUCAGGGCUGGUUCAUUGGUCUAAUGUGUGCUGUUGCUCUCCUGAUCUUAAUUUUGCUGAUUGUUUGCUUCAUCAGAAGAAACAAAGGUGGUAAAUAUCCAGUUAAAGAAAAGGAAGAUGCCCAUGCAGAUCCUGAAAUCCAGCCUAUGAAGGAAGAUGAUGGCACUUUUGGAGAAUACAGUGAUGCAGAAGACCACAAGCCUUUAAAAAAAGGCAGUCGAACCCCUUCGGACAGGACUGUGAAAAAAGAAGACAGCGAUGAUAGCCUGGUUGACUAUGGAGAAGGGGUGAAUGGCCAAUUCAAUGAGGACGGUUCCUUUAUUGGCCAGUACAGUGGUAAGAAAGAGAAGGAACCGGCUGAAGGAAAUGAGAGCUCAGAGGCACCAUCUCCUGUCAACGCCAUGAACUCCUUUGUUUAAUGUGUGAUCUCUCUGCCAAUAUCCCACUUCUCUAGGACGUUCCUCUUGAGCCCCUGUUUGUCUGCCUUCUCAUCCUAUGAACACAGAGGCAGAAAGUAACUGGUCUGCUGUGUGUUCAUAGGAUGAGACCAGGUAGAGCGAGACCGGAGACCAUCACUCAGUCGGAUAAUGCGUUAAUGUGAACUGCAGUGCCUGGCGCAUACUUUUCCAUUCCGCAGAAAUAUUCUUGGUUUUCUAAGAUCAGAUGAAAAUAAUACAACGUCAGCAACAGCUCAUGUUCUUUUCUCUUCAGGAUACAGUGCAAGGGGAUGCAUGGAAAAUGCUACCCCUUUAAAGGACAUACCUGGGUGUCUUAUGCCAACCUGGAUGGAUACUUUGUUUAUACUCGCCUCGGCUGAACCCCUGAAUAUGAAUUCCGUUUUCAUUGUCAAGAGUGUUAAUUGUAGAAUUCUCUAGAACUUCAAUGUCUUUGUGGACAUUGUGGUGACAUUGGUGACUCUGUCUAGCUGUCAUUAGUCUUUGGGGGAGACUGUUAGGAACAGUAUGUACAGUAUAUACCUGCUAACUGAGUUCAUGAUGACAGUUGCAUUUGCUGAUGCUUACUGAGGCUCUGUUACCUGCUCUUUGCUUCUCUCACUCCAUAGCCUGCUUAAUCCUCCAGGUAUGACAGUGGUACAGCGUUCUGCUUUUUACAUCACCUCUCUGCUCAGUGGUUUUGAGGUGUAAACAAUGCGUAUUGCCAUGCACUUUUGGCAUUUGUGCUGGACUGAGAGAACCCCAAACGAAUCACUCCAAUUAAAUUUCAAAGAUAGUUGCAGAAAGCACAGGGCAAGACACGUGCAGUGCCUUCGACGAUCUGCAUUCCACGACGUACUUCCUUCUGUAUCCUUAGGUACAGUCGACUCGGAGUCCAGGUGACUGUCAUUGUCAGAAAAAAAGCAUUGUUUAAAAAGUAGAGCGAAUGAAAACUGCAAUGCUGAAAAAAGGAACUGUGAAACUAAAAUUAAGAAGACAGUUUAUUUUAAGGAGCAUUUCUGCCAUACAUACGAAAGCAAAAGCUUUAUCACCAAUUGGAGCGUGUGAUGAUUCUAUGGUCUUUUAUGGUUCCUAUUAAAAUAAGUCAUAUUCGGUAAGAAGGAUGGCAACUGGGUAGAAAGUUUUAAAAACACACGUUAUUGCAAAACUAGAAGUAGACAACAGCACACCAACAGGAAUAUAUUUUUCUCUUAAGUCUUUACCUACGUGGCAGCUUUUGAAAUUCUCGGCAGCAUUAAACAGUGUGUAUGCAAAUUGCUAUGGAUGCCUUUCAGGGUCUAAGAAAUUGGACAAGUGCUAACGAGGCCAACAGUAAAAGGAAUUACAUCUGCCAUUUGAAAAAUAAGCAUAUGUAUUCUACCAUAUUCACGAAUAAUAUCUAUCAAAUGGUUUUCUUCCAAUUAUGAAAUUCUAUGACAACCUAUGGUUGAAGGAAUGCUCGGUUUCAUUUGCCAAUAAAUUGGUUUCUCAUAACUUGCAUCAAGUUUAAUUUUAAGUAAAGCUUUUUAUAUGUAGAUAUUUUGUUGAAUUUGUAAAUACACUGAAAGUGUAGAUGUGAUAUGCUUAUAGGUGUUACAUACAAAUAAACAUGCCAACAAUGUUUAUGUUGUACUGUAUAAGACUUUAGCUAAUUAAUACAGUGCAGGGAGUUGGAAAGCGUUGACUUAAUUGCCUUUAGGGUUUUUAUUUUCCCUUUUUUGCCGUGAAACUGAAAGUGUGAACUAUUUUCCAUAUUGACAACAGGUUUCUAAGAGGAAAUCUUCAGAGCUUUGCCUAAGCACAGUUUGAAGGAAUCCCAGGUACAGACGGCCCUAAAUAGUUUCCGAUCUCCAUAUUCACUUUUCUUAAAUCAGCCUUUCUAAUGGAAAUCCAAAAAGACUCCACAGGCUUGCCUCGGCCUCAGAGAGCACAAAGAUAAAAGUUCUUGGGGAGAGCAAUAAAAGUACAGUUGUUCCUUUUUCCUAAGUAGAUGCUAAAUUUAUCUGUGCACAAAGGGGUCACUUCUGUAAUCAGGCAGCAGAGUUUGUAUUAAAAAUUAAAUGUGGUUUUAAAAGUCCCUCUCUCUUUUCUAACAUGUCAUGUUCCUGGUGGAGUGUGAGUGUCAAGUAAUGGCACAUGUAAGGGUACAGGCAGAUGUGACUGGAUUUCUGUCAAAAAAUAACUAUUAAAUACUCUUAAUCGCUUUGUGAUUUUUUAACUUCUUCAAACCUAGACUUC